CUUUCUUUGCACCGUCCUGCUGCUGUUCUUACAAAGAAGACAGACCCUGGGCCCUCCCUACUUCCCAGAUUCCCCAAGACAGGACCCGUAACUGGCAAGUCAAAGGGGAGCUGCAUUGACCAGCCUUGGGCCAGCACUCCUUUCCAGUGACAUUGUCCUCAAGGGCUCCACAAUGAGGAGGUUGAAGCAACGGCUCUCACGAACUCACUCGUUCGCCUUAGGUGUCCUCCCUCCCACACGUCAAGGUCUUUCCUUGUGUUUAGACCCCAUGAUGUGCUUAUACCUCCACCAAUCCCCUCAAGAGACUAAACAGUCUCUGCGGGGGCUUUUUGCUGAAAAGGAAUGAAAUUGAGACUGGGUAUGGACAAGACACUGUGGGUUGCAGUUUGUGUGGAGCUGGUGGGUUUGAUCCUGCUCUUUAGGUCUCAGUGGGGAGUCCAGUGGUCUCAUCAGCUCCACCACGGGCGCAGGGCCAAGCCAAGAUGAGCUCUGGACAGGUGGCUGGCAGUAUUGGGCAUUGGCCCUGUGCCUAGCCCCCGCCCAAGGCAAGGAACCAGCUGUGGGACAGAAACUAUUGUGCUCUGAUAGGAGAGCUAGUACUUUUGUGAGGCAGACUCAAACUCUGGGGCACCUGGACUCCGAAGCGGUACAGAGAUCUAGGUCUCCUUGUGUUCUGGAGCUGUCCCCAUGGGAGGCUCUUCUUUCUCGCGGCUUCAGCAGCCACUGUCUCUGCUGCUGCUGCUGCUGCUGCUGCUGCUAUCGUUGAGGCGAGUCUGGACCCAGGAGCACGUUGGAACUGCCCCUUCCAGAUCUCCGGUGGCCCCCGGGUGCCCCGAGGCAUGUUCAUGUUCAUUAGGUGGCAAGGCCAAUUGCUCUGCCCUCGAGCUGCCCGCAGUACCAACCGGCCUGAGCUGGAGACUAAGUUCACUGCUGCUGGAUCACAAUCGCGUGAGUGCACUGCCUCCAGGUGCCUUCGCUGGGGCCGGCGCGCUGCUGUACCUAGACUUGCGGGAGAACCGGCUCCGGUUGGUGCACGCACGAGCUUUCUGGGGUCUAGGCGUGUUGCAAUGGCUGGACCUGAGCGCCAACCAGCUGGAAACUCUGUCUCCUGGCACCUUCGCGCCGCUGCGCGCGCUGCGUUUCCUCUCUCUUGCGGGUAAUCGGUUGGCACUCCUAGAGCCUUCGAUCCUGGGCGCGCUCCCAUUACUGCGCGUGCUCAGCCUGCAGGACAAUUCACUGUCGGCGCUCGAGGCGGGUUUGCUGAACAGCCUGCCCGCGCUCGACGUGUUGCGCUUGCGUGGCAACCCCUGGGCGUGCAGUUGCGCGCUGCGCCCGCUUUGCACCUGGCUGCACAAGCACCCGCGUCCGGCUUCAGAAACUGAGAACCUGCUCUGCGUGUCUCCAAGACGCCAGACGCUCAGCCUACUGACAGCCUUUCCGGACGCGGCCUUCAGACACUGCACUCAGCCACUCGCAGCGCGAGACCUGGCGGUGGUAUAUGCUCUCGGGCCGGUCUCUUUCCUUGCCAGUCUGGCCGUCUGCCUGGCGCUGGGCUCCGUGCUCACUGCCUGUGGUGCACGGCGCCGCCGUCGUACCGUAGUGCGCCCCUUACUAAGGAGACUGGUAGACCCUGCGGGCCCAGCCUCCCUGCAGGUUCCUGGGAGACCUGCAGCUGCGGCAACCCAAGCGCUCCCGCAGUGUUCUGCACUUUGAAAACUCUCCCCAAAUCCCUGGCCUCCCUUCAAGCUCCCUGUAGGCGUCAACAAUAGACAGAAAACCGGAAAA